AUGGCUCCAAAAAUGUGGGAUGUUCUUUCUGAAGCUAAACGCACAAUAGAUGCUCAACCUCGUCAUUACCUCAUUCUCUCCCUAAUCUUCAUCUUACCCUCCUCUUUGGUCACCUUUCUCUUCAACUUCCUUGUCAAACACUUCCAACAACAACCACAACAAGACACCAUCUACCCCACCUUAAUAUUCACCCUAGUCUCAAUCCUCUUCCUCCUUAUCUCUUCCAUCUUCACCUUCUGUUCCUUUAUCUCCAUCACUUACAGCGUCUACCACUCUUUUUUUAAUCAACACAUUAAACUCAAAGAAGCCAUCAAAUUCAUCUCCACUUCUUUCUUCCCCCUACUCGCCACAGACAUCAUCAUCUUCACCAUAUUCUUCAUUGGCUCUUUUUUACUUGGACUUGUAAUUGGAGUUGUCUUGUUUCUCAUCACUUAUAUAGGUGGUGUUGACCUCCAAGCUAACUCUUAUUUAGUUAUCGUUUUAUUAAUGCUUGUUUUUCUCCCUCUUGGGAUGUAUUUGAUGAUUAACUUUACCUUGGUGAAAGUUAUUGUGGUGGUGGAAUCAGUUUGGGGUUUUGAACCAUUGAGAAGAAGUUGGAAAUUGGUGAGAGGAAUGAAGAGCUUGAUCUUGUCAAUCUCUUUCUUGUUUGGGUCAUUGCAAUUGGUGUUGGUGUGGAUAACUAGUUAUAGCUGGGUAUUGAAUUUAGUGAUUUCUCCAAUAUUUGCUAUGCUUUCGCUUUAUAGUUAUGCGGUUCUCACGGUGUUGUACAUUUACUGCAAGGAGAAACAUGAGAAGCUAGCAAAUGAAGAUUUUGGGAAGGAAAAAGACGAGGCUAGAUUGUCCCUAAUUCCAUCAUAG